UCAUCGAUGUUUCUCCACCUCUAGGGUUGUAUGUGUGUGGGUGCGUUAGUAAUAGUUUAUCCAGAAUAUGAAUUAAGGAGAAAUUAAUCCGAAACGCCGACGCCCACAAAUCCGUUUUCCCCGUCCGCCCAGCGUUGCAAAAAAACUCGAAAACUCGGAAAAAUCAAGACCGCCAAGAAAUUCGGAGAACAUUUACACAAAAUUCAACAGUCAGCUCCUGUGUGUGUGUGCUUUGUGAGUGCGAGUUGUGUGACUGUGUGCGAGUGUGCAAGCGAGGCGGACGAUUGCGAGGGAGUCGAGCUUUGCCAAUUUUCCAGCCAACUUUCGGCAUUUAAUCGCGGUUUAUCUACCAGAAGCCAAUCAUUCGGAAUGCAUUGAGUAUGCUACUCGUUUUCUUUCUGAAAAUGUGCUGAUAAACGGCAAAAGACGAAAAAACAACAGCAAGAACAACAAUAGCAGCUGAGGAGCCGAAAAAAAUUAAUCAAAGGAAAUUAAAUAACAAGGCGGCGGCGGCAACAACACUUACAUAAAUUAACUCGCAAACGCAACAACACUAAUAACAAUAGCUUAUCACACAGCAAAAACAACAACAGCAGAAAUAACAACAAAUCCGCAGCCAGAAAGAACAACAGUUUAUCUCAAAUAUUCAGCCGGCUGCACGAGUGCGAGCAAGAGGGCCAUAGUAAGAGAGCGGGGGAGAGAGAGAGAGAGAGAGAGAGAGAGUGUGUGUGAGUGGGAGCAGGCAGCAAAAAACAAAAAUUAAUAUUUUGCAUUGUUCGACUCGACUAACUGUAAAUACCAAGCACUUGCAAAAAAACAAGGAAAAUGGCACGCGGCUUCGAUCAUCUGUUCAAGUUGCUAAUAAUCGGCGAUAGCGGCGUGGGCAAGUCGUCACUUCUCAUUCGGUUCUCGGACGACACAUUCUCGGGCAGUUACAUCACCACCAUCGGCGUGGACUUCAAGAUCCGCACUGUGGACAUAGAGGGCAUGCGCGUUAAGCUGCAGAUCUGGGACACGGCUGGCCAGGAGCGCUUCCGGACGAUCACCAGCACGUACUACCGCGGCACCCACGGCGUCAUCGUCGUCUACGACGUCACGAACGGCGAGUCCUUCGCGAACGUACGCCGCUGGCUGGAGGAGAUCCAGAACAACUGCGACGUAGUCAAGAAAGUAUUAGUGGGCAACAAGAACGAUGAUCCGGACAGGAAGGUGGUCAUCACGGAGGACGCGCAGCGGUUCGCAAAACAAAUGGACAUCGAGCUGUACGAGACAUCUGCCAAAGACAACAUCAACGUGGAGAACAUGUUCUUGUCGAUCACGCGGCAGGUGCUCGACCACAAGCUGCGCACCUCCCCCAACGAGCAGCAGAAGGACACGCUCCACCUGAAGCCCAAUCCCAAGGGCACCAAGGGUGGGAAGUGCUGCAGGUGAAAGCGGCUCCGGCACGGGAGCUGGCAUAGCAACUGGACCGACGGCGACGGCGGCGGCGGCGGCGGCGGCGGGACGGGGAUUGGAACCGGAAUCAGAACCAGGACCUGGAUCAAGUCUGGGGGCGGAUGGAAUCGUUGUGGGGCGCUUAGUUUGUAGGGUUCUUGGCGUACGACACGGCACACACCACUCACUCACAUAGACAUAGCUUAACACCAACAAACAACACAACAACACUCACACUCACACACACCCACACCCACACACCCACUAGAGACAACAAUUUUUUUUGUUUUGUUUUUUUUUCCUCCUGUGUUUUUAUUCGGAAUAAUGCCAGAUAGCCGUAAAUUAAAGUGUAAAAGUGUAAAGCGCAAUUAAAUGUAUUUAGCAAUUUAUAUACAUAUUAAUAUAUACAUAAACAAAAUUUAAACAAAUCGCAUAUUUAUGUACAAGAAUAUAUUUAUAUUUUAAACGGAAAA